AUGCUCGUAAAAAAUGCGAAAAAUAUUCGGAAGAAGAACGACUGUGUUGAAAUCGCUGACCGAAAGAUCGACAAUGGGUGUUACGAGAUUCGAAACUCCGAGAGAUUAUUGCUAACGGUGUCGAUUGGUGUUGGGGUGACAAUUUGGGUGUACACCCUUUGGCGCACACGCGUUGCCACCAAGAAGGCGACGAGAUUGGCGUAUGAUGGGAUAUCGGUGUCGGCGAGUGUUAUCAAGCCACAAUGCCAAUGUCAUCGUAUUGAGCCGACCGACGAUUGUGGGAAGAAAUUGAAAAAAUCGAAAGUGCCAAGCGACGAGGAGGAGACCGACACGGAUCCCGCCACCGAGCGCACAGGCUCAUCGGCGUCACCAUCGUCAUCAUCGGCUAGCUCGUCGUCGCUCUCGCUGGCAGUGACAGGGCAGGAAACAAAAUAA